UCUCUACAUAGUUGUCCGUCUCGCGCACCAUAUUGAGGAAGUAAACAGACAGUUGAGUGUCGCGUGAUUACUUUACCAUUCUCUUGUGGAGAAAAUGUGGCUGGUUCUGUCGUUUGUGGUCGCUUUGAGUGUGUCAGGCUCAUCACAAGUGUGUCCGUGCAAACAAGAGGAGCUUUGUCAGCCCGUCCAGCAUGAACAUGAGUUCGAAGUAUUCGUAUUUGAUGUUGGUGGUAAAUCUUGGAAAUUUUAUGACUGGUCCCAUGUGACGACAAUUGCUAGUUUUGGAAAAUAUGAUGCUGAGCUAAUGUGCUACGCUCAUUCUAAAGGGGCAAGACUUGUUUUGAAAGGUGAUGUGCCCCUCUCAGAUAUUGUGGAUGCUGCCAAAAGGACAGUUUGGAUCACAGAAAAAGUCAAUUUGGCUAAAAGCCAGUUCAUGGAUGGCAUAAACCUUGAUAUUGAGCAGGCUGUAGAGGAGUCUUCCCCUGAGUACUACGCUUUGACAGCCCUUGUCAAGGAGACCACUGAAAUGUUCCAUAAAGAAAUUCCAGGCUCUCAGGUAUCAUUCGACGUGGCUUGGUCGCCUAAGUGCAUUGAUAAGCGCUGCUAUGACUACAAAGCAAUUGCAGAUUCCUGCGACCUGGUUUUUGUCAUGUCUUAUGAUGAACAGAGUCAGAUCUGGGGAGACUGCAUUGCAAUGGCAAAUGCACCUUUAAAUCAAACACUGGCAGGUUAUGAUCAAUACAUGGGGAUGAAAAUAGAUUCCAAAAAACUGGUGAUGGGAGUUCCAUGGUAUGGUUAUGACUACCUGUGCCUGAACUUGUCUCAGGAAGGCGUCUGUACAAUUCCUAAAGUGUCUUUUAGAGGAGCGCCUUGCAGUGAUGCAUCUGGAAAGCAAAUCCCUUACAGCACUAUAAUGAAACAAAUCAGUAGCUCCAUGUCUGGGAGGCUCUGGGAUGAAGUCCAACAAGCUCCCUAUUAUAAUUACAAGGAUGGCAAGGGAAACAUCCAUCAGGUGUGGUAUGAUGAUCCGGAGAGCAUUUCAUUGAAGGCUGCCUACGUAGGACAGCAGAGUUUGAGAGGAAUCGGCAUGUGGAACGGAAAUCUCCUUGACUACUCGGAUGACCCUGUCGCCCAGCAGCAAAGUGCUGAAAUGUGGAAUGCCCUCAUCCCAAAAUAACAUGCAUCUAUGACAGUCUCUUAUGAGCCUACAACUGUUUCUCCUAUCCAGUAGAACGUUUUUCCCAGAUCUAAUAAAAGACAUCUUGUAAGACUUGA